GAUAGCACGGGCAUUUCCCUUCAAAAGUUAACUCCUUUGACGGUCGGGUAAGGCUUGCUUUGAUUGGAGAUAUUUUUACAAAGAAGUGAAAUCCAUGGGACGUAUUCCUUGCAGUAGACAAGUCAAACUUAACAGAGGUCCAUGGACGCCUGAAGAAGAUCUCUGUUUAACAAACUAUGUUCAGGCUCAUGGUGAAGGCCGCUGGAGAUCUCUUUCCAAGAAAGCAGGUCUUCUUCGAUCUGGAAAGAGUUGUAGAUUGCGAUGGAUGAAUUAUCUUCGACCUGACGUCAAACGAGGACAUAUUUUACCUGAUGAAGAAGAUUUAAUUCUCAGGCUCCAUAGACUCCUGGGGAACAGAUGGUCUUUGAUCGCUGGACGUUUACCAGGAAGGACUGAUAAUGAUAUAAAAAACUACUGGAACAGUCACCUGAGCAAAAAACUUAUCAGCCAGGGCAUAGAUCCUCGCACACACAGGCCCCUCUCUGAAUCUGAGGACAUCUGGUGGAUACCUCAAGACAACAAUAUGCAGCAAAACAUUCUCCAAUACACUACAACACCAGAAAGUGCCGAUCCAGAAAUACAUGACAAAGAUUCAGAUUGCAUAAUAGUAGGUCAUAAAGAAGAUCAGAUUUGCUCUUCAAUGGCUGCACCGGAAAUCUCUUGUUCUCAGAGCCCUCCCACCAUUUUGCCUUCCACCAGCGAAGAGAUUCCCUAUAUUGAAAUGAGCAAGUCUGAUCGUUUCGAGAUUCUGAAACGAAUAGCAGACGGCAGCUGGUUUCCUUAUUCUCUUCCUCCUACUCCAACAGCGACAGCUUAUGCAAAUGCUAGUUCAUACACGUACCCUUCGUUUCUGGAGUCAUUUAUCAAUGAAGAAUUUGAGUUGCCAGAGCCUACUGUUGGAUACAAUUCUGUUUCACAACAGUGCCCAUAUCAGUCUGAAUUUCCAAGCCCUAGCAGUGGAUUGUGGUCUGCACUCAACUCUCCGAGUACGCGUUACGGUCCUUCUCACUAACGUAAGGAUAUCACUGCAUUGCAUUCUACAUGUUUAAUUUAUUUUGUUCUUACUGUUCAUACUGUUACAAUAAGAGCUUAAAAAUUGUCCAAGGGCUUGUGUGUAGCUGUAAUUUGGGUACCUAUUGUAUUUAAGUCUUUCAGAGUCUGGAAAAAGUCUCUGAUUUUUGCCUUGCCAACAUAAAAACCUUAAAGUUUGCAGGAAAUCCCAUUGUCAGUCUUCAAGUUUCGAAAGGUUUUAUGGAUUUUUCUUGCUUUGAGGUUCAGUGAAUGAUUUAUUUGCUUUUCUGUUAUAAAAGCAUGUUUGAUUCGUAGUGCGUGGAGCACUUGAAUUCGUUAUUAGAUAUGAAAUUUUACAUGCGUACUUUAGAUAAA